AUGGAGAAAACUCUGGACCUGGAAGAAACUGGUGAGGCUGUCCAGGGCAACGUCAACACCCUCCCAGAUGUGUCCGUGGAUGAUGUCAAAUCCACCUCUGAGGGGCUGCGUAGCUUCCAGCCACCGCCUCCACCGCCACCUCUGGCCCAAGGCCACGACUGCCCACUCGGCCAGCCAAGGAAGCCAGGGAGAGAGGACCUCCAGCCACCUUCCUCUGCGUCUUCCCACUCAGGCAUCGUCUUCUCGGCUCCACGGAACUGCAGCCCGCCGAUGGGCGCCGCACCCACUCCAGGGACUUCCUCCACACAGGACUCGCCCCCCUCCCCCAUCUACGCCUCUGUCUCCCCUGCCAAACCUGGCUCCAAGAGGCCACUGGACACCCAUCUAGCCUUAGUCAACCAGCACCCCAUUGGCCCCUUCCCUCGGGUCCAGUCACCCCCACACCUGAAAAGCCCCCCUGCAGAGGCCCCGGUGGCUGGGGGCUGCCUUCUGCCCCCCUUGUCCUCUGGCCAUCCAGAGCAGACAGGCACAAACCAGCACUUUGUCAUGGUGGAGGUGCACCGCCCCGACAGCGAGCCAGAUGUGAACGAAGUGAGGGCGCUGCCCCAGACGCGCACAGCCUCCACGCUCUCCCAGCUCUCAGACAGCGGGCAGACUCUAAGUGAGGACAGUGGUGUGGACGCCGGUGAGGCAGAGGCCAGCGCCCCAGGCCGAGGCAGACAGACAGCGUCCACCAAGAGCAGGAAUAGCAAGGAGCUGCCUCGGAAUGAGAGGCCCACAGAGGGGACCAACAAACCGCCUGGACUCCUGGAGCCCACGUCCACCCUCGUCCGUGUGAAGAAAAGUGCGGCCACCCUGGGCAUCGCCAUCGAAGGUGGUGCCAAUACCCGCCAGCCCCUGCCUAGGAUUGUCACAAUUCAGCGAGGCGGCUCGGCCCACAACUGUGGGCAGCUCAAGGUGGGCCACGUGAUCCUGGAAGUGAAUGGGCUGACGCUUCGGGGCAAGGAGCAUCGGGAGGCUGCCCGCAUCAUCGCCGAGGCCUUCAAGACCAAGGAUCGUGACUACAUUGACUUUCUGGUCACUGAGUUCAAUGUGAUGCUCUAGGAGUCAAGGCCUGAGGGUCUCCCACCGCUGCCCAGCCUCUGGUCCCAGUCCCUCCCCUCUCCUGGCACGAUUAGUCUCCUUGAGGGGUUGGGGCUGCAUAGCUAGGGUAACCGGAAGAUAUCCCCUUAUCCAUCCUGGUCCCCUGGACCAGAACUGGGAAAAGAGAGCCGGGCAAGGCAAAUAGAAGGUCAGGCCAGGAGCUGGUGCAUGCCGAGUACACAGUAGGUGCUCUACAAGUGGGGCUGUGGGGAGGGAAGAAAGGAAGUGGAAGGGCGAAGCACUUGUUUCUCCAGGUUGGGUGGGGGACCUGCUGCCCCCUAGCCAGCUAGGACCCAGCCCGUCCUCAGAUGUCGGAGCCUUUGCCUGGAGCAAAGUCACAUGAGGAUUCAUGGACACGGCCCCCCACCCGGGGGCAUCUUGCAGGACCUUUAGUGCCACAAAUAAGCAUCAAACAACCCCCCUUCACACCCCAAUCCUCCUGAUUCCUUAUUCCCCGUGGUAUUUAUUAUUUAUUUCCCUCCCAGCUUUCCACCGUGUCCCCAGCCCCAGAGGCCUUGCAGGUGACCAGCAACGUCAGUGUAUUUAUAUACAGAGCUUAUGACUUUAAUUUUUCAAUAAAGAAAUCUGAACAAGA